GUUCAACUCAAAAGCUUAUAUAGGGGAUUCCAAUGGAGAUUGCCACCCGCACAGGACGAGGAGGAAGAAGAAUCAGUGAUGGGAAGCAGCAGCGGCAGCAGGAGGAGAGUAGUAGUUAGAUAUGUCGGCGGCGUUGACCUAAGCUUCUUAAGGAAUGAUCCCUCCAUUGCAUGUGGGGUCCUGGUUGUGCUGGAUUUGCAGACCCUUCAAGUUGUCUAUGAAGAUUACUCCCUUGUUCGCCUGCAAAUCCCUUACAUUCCCGGUUUCCUGGCCUUCAGAGAGGCUCCUGUCCUGCUUGGGCUUUUGCAGAAAAUGAAAGCGAAUUCUCAUCCAUUUUACCCCGAGAUACUAUUGGUCGAUGGCAAUGGAUUGCUACAUCCCCAAGGUAAGUUUUAUUCCUUUUGACAGACCUAUGAUGUAGUCAUGGACCUUAACUAUUAUGCACUAAAGUAGUGCACGAAUCAUGAACUUUUUAAACAAUGAAGGCAAGUUUCCAUCCAAAGCUCUAUAUGACCCCUAUUAAUUGGAGGGUGGAGAUUUCAUACAGAAGGAGGAUGUAGUGACGUGUAGACCUGUUACACACUUCAUCAUAUAUGUAGAACCUUCCUAAUUAUCUGAGCAAGAAAGAGUAUUGGCUGUCUGGAUUGUAUAGAAAAUAGUAUUUUAAAUGCUCAAUAAGCUUGAAUCUUAUCAAUGACACCUGUUCAAGUGAGGGACUUAUUACAAUUUCCAGAGCCACAUUAUUUGUGACAAAUUAAGAAUUAAUAUGUAUAUUCAGCCUUAAGCUUCAUACGAGGUUGCAGUCUGGGGUUUCUCUGCCCCAUGUAUUAUUAAGCAUUAACAAUACAUCAAUGUCUGUACAGGAUUUGGUUUGGCGUGUCAUCUUGGAGUUUUAGCCGACCUACCUACUAUCGGGGUAGGAAAGAGUUUGCACCAUAUAGACGGUAUAACCAAAUCAAGAGUUAGAGAACUUGUUGAAUCUGCGGAGAACUCCACCAAUACUAUUUUGAGUUUAAAAGGGGACUCUGGAUUUGCUUGGGGAGCAGCAGUACGCUCUACUGACAGCUCCUCAAAGCCUAUAUUCAUUUCAGUUGGUCACCGCAUUUCACUUGACACUGCCAUUACACUCGUGAGGAUGACUUGCAAGUUCCGUAUCCCGGAGCCCAUCCGUCAGGCUGAUAUAAAAUCACGAAGCUACAUCUGGGAUCAUCCAGAAUUGCACCAGUAGCCGUUCAAGCAUAUAUGUGGUAGG